CGACCGGAGACUGUAACUGACAGUCCGCUGAAGCCGUUAUGCACCAAACCAGAGUGCCUUCCACGGCCACCACCUGCAUCGCCUAAUUCUGGUAAGUAGAACAACACCUGUAAGCGUUAAAACGCGAUAUUUAAUUUCUCUUCGAUUUCGAGCGUCGUUCAAACAUCCGAUUAAAUCUCCUUAACAUAUCUACGAAAGACGAUCAGCUUUCGUAAACGAAGGGUCAACGUUGUCCCUUUUAUCAUGACGUUUUUUCAGCGCGAUAACUGUAGAUUGCAACUCGACAAAUAAUUAUGAGUUUAAUAGAGACUGAUAGAAAAAAUGCUGGUUGCAUCGCGAUUCGAUAGUUAGUCUUUCGAGAACGUUUGUACAUAUAGGUAGGUACGUGUUUGACGAUGAAAGUAUACAGUCUCGAUCCAAAAGGCCGCGUGCGCGCGAACAUUCUUUACAGCCGGCCGCGUAACACCAGUCGUAUACCUUCGACUCGUAAAUCAUGGUAUAGCUACUUUUUAUUUCCCGCUGGCAUAAGUUAAUUUUCUCUUGUCUCGCCCUUUCGCGUCCAUUGAUGGCGCAUGUGACCCGUGCUCGAGAGGGGUUAAUUGCUCGUACUGUCGGAUAAAUGAUAUCAGAGGGCGCGUAGCAGUGGCACGUGUCGGAAAAGAAUGGCACCGAAUCGGUGCGUGGGUGGUGAACGAUGUCAUUAUUGAAAUUAUAUCAUCGAAACGGGAGGUCAUAGCCGGUCUGCAAUCGUAUUUCUUUCUUCUUCUCUAAAUAAAUUUCUCGAAAACCAGAGCUUCCAUGAUUCAGUGGAUAGAAUUGGUCUCCGCGUAAUGAUUCUAGUUAACGUUUCGGAUACACGGAGGCACUUAAUUCGAUGUAAGCAAAACGCAGUGCUUUAUCGUGCUUCUAUUUCAACGUUAUUACGGCUAACUGGCCGUGAAUACGAUCUUCAAAGUUUCCAGCGUUUGGUACGAACAGUUGUUUUUCCGGUUGCAUACUAAAGCCUAUUUUAAGAGACCACGUGCUAGCGGAUCGAGUACCCCUCUUCCGAUACUUUGACGAGCUAGAAACGUGUUUUCGAUUUGUUCGGAGCUAUGCGAAACCUUGCAUCGUGUCCUUCUUGCCGAUGAUGUCACCGUGUUUCCGUAUAAAUAUAUCACUUUCAUUCAUUUACACGCGUGCCAUUUGCUUCUUGGAAAUAACUGUACUCGCGCGAACGGCGUUUUCGAAUUUCGUCGUGUUUCGCUUCGGACCAAAGUCGUCUCGAAAAUUUACGAGAAAUUUCGGAAAACAAUGUUUCUCGAUGGUUUAAGGAACGAGUUCCGCCGGGAAUUAGCAAGCAAACAAAAAUCCGUGUUCGUUGCUCGAAGACUCGGUCGCUAGUGUUUUCAUCAGAGAAAAUAAACUUUCCGCCAGAUGGUAAAUUUCAGUUUUCGCUUCUUUCGCGAGAAACCCUUUCGAAUCGGUUCGCGUUCCACUCUCGUUUCUUUUUUUUUUUACGUUAAACCUUUUGAACGCGUACUCCACGAUCGUUGUCGAUACUUUUAGAUUUAACGAUCGUUUGCAAAACACGAUCCAGGCGCGAACAUCGCCACCAACGAAAGUAAGUUUAUGCGGGCGACACUCUGACCAUUUAAAGGUGACAUCACCUUUAAUUAUGCGCGCUCGCUCAUUAUCGUAGCUCCUUCCGAACACGACGAAUUACGCUGACCGAAAAUGGAGCAACCUUCUCAUGAUUCAUCCUCGCGAUUCUUUUCGUCUCCAUCUUUUCGCUAUCAGUCAACUAAUUUCGUAACGAGACGUAGUUUAUAUUCUUGUUGCGACUUCGCCGAUAAAUAAUCAAUUUCGACACGGGAAAGUUUAACGCGAUUUGAUAAAAGAACCGCAAUUAAACGUACGACUAUAGAAACCGCGCAUCGCGGUGUUAGUUGUCGGAAUGCAUAAAUUUCCAAGAUGACAAUAGAAGAAAAAGAACAAUAAAGAAUUAGUAAUCUUGCAACGUCGUCGCUUUCGGAUCGGAAGGAUGUUGCGUGUUAAUGUUUAAGCACGGAUAAAGCUUGAUUAACGUCCGAAGAGUAUAAUUUAUUACAGGAUAAGCAUCUCGAGGAGUUCCAAGAUUUCUUCAAAACGUUCGUCUCUGUCGUUUCGCAUUCGAGGAUGCAACAAUGCUGCGCUCGAUAACGAGAAUGCUAAUUUUAUACGGCUAUUGCCAGUCGAGUAACGCGGACAAAAAAAUAACUGCUGCAUAGAAAAGAUAACUCGCCGUUUUGCCGGCAUAAUUGUGGCCGCUCCGUGAAAGUCGUAACACAGACCUUCGUCUAAUUACCGUGCGUUACGCGCGUUCCUGUCGCCAACGGGACUUCCCCUUUCUUCGACCGAUUUCCUCGUUACGUCGUUAACAACUGUCUUCGCGCGUUAUCGUUAUUCGCGAGGUCUUUGUAUUCGAUUACAAAGUCAACCAGGAGAUGCACGUAUCCUCUGAAAAUGUACGGCCGAGAACGAAAUUAUCUCGUAUCGCGUUACAACCUUUGUACCGCGGUUUUAGAUUAAUCGUGAUUCACACCUACGAAACGCGUACACGGCGUUUCAAAAUGUUCGUAGAAAUCGUUGUAAUUUGCAAAGCACAAUCGGUACGCGAUACGCGGUAAACCAACUCGGGACAAAUAACGAUGACGUAAAAAGUUACGUCAAAGUCGCGAACGCCCGACAUCGAUUAAUCGCGGAUAGGCGAGGAACGCGGACGUAAGAUUUAUCGCUUCGCCGUUUAAUCUUCGACGGUUUUCACGCUGAGAAAGUUUGAUGAUCGAAGAUUCCCCGUCGCGGUAUUCACCUUCUGCUUUUGAUAAUACCUAAUGCGUUAACGCGCUCGUACGCGAUACGCGGCCGAAUCAAUUAGCAAUUAAUCGCGUAAUAACCGGCAACAAACGAUUACGUAAUAAAUAUCGCAGCGAACGAUCGAAUUACGAAGCACUUCUACGUUGUGGUCGUCAUUCGAUUACUUGGACCGGUUUCGCGGGAAACCGAUGCUAUUUUAGCUAGUCGGUAAGCCACGAGAAGUUCCGAGAUACUUAAACGCAUACGCGGUUGUCGGUAUUGUUUUCGAUUAAAAAUAACAACGCCAGCCACUUGGCUAUAUAUAUCCGAGCAAAAGUACACAGCAUCGUUCUAGAAUGCAGAUUAUCCGUAACGAUCGAUGACGCUCGACGUUGCGCUUUUCACGCGCAACGCAAGGGUUGAGAUAUUUCUUCGUUUCUAUCUUCGUCUUCGCAGUUUCGGAAAGCGGUCGAAUUUUCGCGAAGUAACGUUAACGAAAACAUCGGAGAAAAUUCAAGUUCGCACGAAUUUACAAGAAGGGAAAUUGAAUUUUGUCUAACUCGAGUUAACUCGGUUGAGCGCGUUAAACGCGUGUCGCGAAAGAUUGACCUAGACAUUCGUCGUUCAUCUAUUCUGUCGUUGGCACGUUAUUUACGAGUAUUCGCGGAAACGCGGUCCGUUUGUUCCGUGCAUACGUUUUUGCUCGUUUCCUCGUCGAAGGUGAAUCGCUGAAAUACGCGUUACGGCGCGUUGGCAAUCAAAGACAUACAGAGAGAAUCGGGUGACGGUCAAUGCGAGCGAGUCCUCGUUUCUGGUACCCUUCGUUCGACGACGAAACGCUAAACGAGUUCAUUAGAACGACACGAGUUUCCUCGGUCAAGGUUCGAGUCGUAGAUGGACACGAUCCUGUCAGUCGCCUUUCAUCAGAUUCUUAGGAGAAUUAAGUAACGAGAAAAAAUCUUGCGAAGUCUUGAGAAGCUAAUUGCUUCGAUCUAUACUCGUCAAUGCGAAACGACAAUAUGGAAAUCGAGCAAUUAUCUUUUCCAAAGUCGGCGAACGUGUCAGCGUUUCGAUUUACGGCUUUUCCUCGACCUUCUUCCGACCGACUUUCCAAGACGCGCGACUCACCGGUAGUCCGCAACUUCCGGCGGGUACACCUUCGACGGAUGUCAUCGGGUGUCGUUCUUUCGUGGAAUUCAGGAAAGUAAUGAUCGACGAUUGUGCGUAAAUUACGACGUGUAAUUGACAGAAUGAAAAGUAGGUGACUCCUACUGGCAAUCGGAGUCAUCGAUGACACCAUGUAUGGCCGCGCUCGUCGAUAUAGAAAGAUCCUUGAUGGUUCUCCUAGAAUGCAGCAACCCACUCGACGCCGUGCGUCGCGUCGCGUUUCUUCCCGUCGCGUCCCGUCCAGUGGCGUGUUCCUUCCUCUUGAUCGACGAGGAGCGUCAUCGAUAGCUCAGUGAUUUCACGGAACUCCUAGGAAUCAAAAGACUUUGGUGGGAACGACGCCGAUGGAUUCAGUAUUCCGUUCGUUUUCGAGGGACGAGCUCGGUUCUCCAAAUCCUCGAAGGAUGUUUUAUAGAUUUUACGAUCGUUACCGGUCUUUCGACGAUCGCCGAUUCAGGCCGUUUCCGUACCGAUUUUAUUGGGAAGACUUUGGUGUUCCGGUGUUGACGAUCAUAGACGUGGACCUAUGCAUACCGGAGAACGGAGACUUGCACAGGACGUCGAGAUACGAUUUGAUGACUCGACAGGACGAUAAGUCGAGGCUGGUCGUUCGACGGGGACAAGAGUUUUAUCUGCACUUGACUUUAUCCAGGGACUACGAUCCGAACAUUGACGGUAUGUCGAUAGUUUUUACGGUGGAUGGAGUGGAGAAGCCGCAAUACGGUCACGGAACUCUGGUGGCCACCGCUGUCCUAUAUCCUGGAGAAGUAUCCGAGGGUUCCUGGCAAGCCACCAUCGACGCGAUUCAACCGAACUUUCUUCGAUUGAAGAUCCUUCCAUCCGCUAACGCCAUAAUAGGCAAGUGGAAAAUGGAUAUCGACACUAAAAACAGAAAUUUGGACGGCGCUAUCAGCUACACGAUGAAACAACCGUUUUAUUUGAUCUUCAAUCCUUGGUGCCCAGAGGACAUAGUGUACAUGGAGGAUGAAGAUCAGCGACAAGAAUACGUGAUGGCGGAGGAUGGUUUGAUAUGGCGGGGAAGUUAUAAUCGCUUGAGGCCAACGGUUUGGAAGUAUUCGCAGUUCGAAAGAGAUAUAUUGGACUGUGCUCUACAUCUGAUGAUUCAAGUGGGAAAAGUUCGAAUCUCCGGCAGAAGCGAUCCCGUCGUUAUAUCUCGUAUCUUGUCCGCAGCCGUAAAUUCGCCGGACGAUAACGGGGCUGUAAUGGGCAAUUGGUCCGACGAUUUUGGAGGCGGGACUCCACCGACCAAGUGGUUGGGUUCGCAGAAGAUUCUGCAGCAGUAUUACAAGACCAAGAAACCGGUAAAAUACGGACAGUGUUGGGUGUUUUCGGGGGUGUUGGCUACCGUCUGCCGCACUCUGGGACUUCCGUGUCGUGUCGUAACCAACUACUCGAGCGCUCACGACACUCAAAGCAGCUUGACCGUCGAUUAUUUCGUCGAUGCAGAGGGGAAAGUAAUGGAGGAGUUGAACAGCGACUCGAUAUGGAACUUCCACGUGUGGAACGAGGUUUGGAUGAAACGAUUGGAUUUGUCGCUCGAAAAUCCUGGCUGGCAAGCGAUCGAUGCUACACCCCAGGAAUUGAGCGAGGACGCUUAUCGAUGCGGACCUGCUUCCGUGGCUUCGGUGAAGAACGGGGAGGUUCUUCGACCUUACGACAACGCUUUCCUCUUCGCCGAGGUGAACGCGGACAAAGUGUUUUGGCGGUACAAUGGACCAACCCAGCCUCUAAAAUUGAUUCGAAAAGACGUAUACGGAAUCGGUCAAUACAUCAGCACGAAGGCAGUCGGUAGAUGGGCCAGAGAAGAUAUCACGCAUACCUACAAAUACCCGGAAAAAUCCGAGGAAGAACGAGCUGCCAUGUUGAAGGCGCUACGCCAAAGCCAGUCGUUGUUCAGUCGUUAUUACUUGAACGAAGAAUUCAACGACAUCAUGUUCAAUUUCGAGCUACGCGACGACAUAAUAAUAGGACAACCCUUCAGCGUGGUGCUGCUAAUUAAAAACAGAAGCAGUUACAACGAAUACAGAGUGUCGGUGAUCUUGAGAGUGGAGACUGUUCUAUACACGGGUAGAGUCGGCGAUCCCGUAAAGAGAUCGAAGGUCGAUCGAUUGGUGAGACCUGGAGUUCUCGAAGAAGUGCGCAUGGAUCUUUCCUGGGAAGAAUACGGGCCUCGAUUGAUGAAUCAAUGCGCUUUCAAUAUCGCUUGUUUGGCAACCGUCAAAGAUACCAAUUUCGAGUACUUCGCGCAAGACGAUUUUCGCGUGAGAAAGCCUGACAUCAAGAUCAUGUUGGAGAACGAACCUGUGGUUGGCGAAACAUUGAACGCGACUGCGAAGUUUAGAAAUCCGUUACCGAUCCCGCUGAAGAAAUGCAGAUUUUUAAUCGAAGGGCCAGGUUUGGACGAGCAGUUGAAGAUCAAGCUGUCGGAAUCGGUGGAGGUCGAGGCCGACGCGGAAUGUUCCUUCUCUAUGGUACCGAAAUUCGAGGGACGCGCCACUAUUGCCGCAAAGUUCUAUUCGAAGGAGCUCGAAGACGUCGAUGGUUUUAUCAAUUUUAUGGUGAAACCGGCUAAACCUACCGCAAACGGCGAAUGAUCGCGUAGGAAAUUAGAAGAACGCGUUCGGUACUAGCGUUGCAUAGGGAAAUCCUGCAGCGGGCAUCUUGGAAACUGAACGACACAGAAUCCAUGCUCGCAAUUUUCACGGUGUGCAGCUUGUUUGAAGCAUCCUGUAUAAGUGUCCUUUCGAUUUCUUAUGAAAAAUCCUCGUCACGCGAGCGCGACGCCCAUGAUUUUUCAUUUUAUACGCUUCGAAAUAAAUGAAACUCGUUUGAAACUGUCGUAUCGUAUAAAAAGAGUAGCGUGACGGUUACAAACGAGGUGCAUGAUCAGAAAUUCAAUUAUUUUAUCCUGUAUUUUAUUAAAAACGAAAGUCGCUUGGUAUGCGCUCUGGUAGCGAACGCGUCAAUUUGUCAAACGAGAGGACGAAGAAAAAAGAAAGAGCAAAGGACGAAUAAUCGUUCGACGCAAACAUGUGUUCGUAGGUCUUCCAUAAAAUGUUCUCUAUUUUUAAUACUUGUUCUAGCUAUUUUGUACGCAAUAAAAAGAUCGAUGAUCGA